AUGAAGCAAGAGGAGGAGGCAACGACAGCGAGCAGCAGCAACAGCAGCAGCAGCAGCAGCAGCAGCAGCAGCAGCGACAGCAGCAGCACCUGCAGCAGCAGCAGCACCUGCAGCAGCAGCACGAGUUCGUCGCUGCUGCAGCAGACUUCUGCUGCUGUUGUUGUUGAGGAAGCAGCAGCAGCAGCACGGGUCUUCUCGCUGCCGAGUGAAUUCGAGGAGGAGCUGCUUCUCUUUAAGCAGCUGCAGCAGCAGCAGCCGCAGCAGCAGCAGCAGCAAGAAGAGGAGCAGCAGCAGCAAGAAGAGCAGCAGCAGCAGCAGCAGCAGCAGCAGCAGGAUAAAUGCUGGUUUUCGGCGCCUCGUAUAAAGUCUUAUUCAUUGGCUUGGGAAACAGACCCUCCCCGCAUGCAGCAGCAGCAGCAGCAGCAGCAGCAGAAGAGGAAGUUCUGGCUGUCGGAUGCAGCACCAGGACCUGUAGCAGCAGCAGCAGCAGCAGCAGCAGCAGCAGCAGCAGAGGAUGCAAACGAAGACACACUGCAGGAGCUUGUCUCCUCUCUCUGCCCGCUUAGGGGUUUACGCCUGGUACCUACCCAGCAGCAAAGAAGCGGAAGCACUCCUUGUAUAAGGCUAUCCAUGUGCGCUGGCCUGCGAGCUGCAGCAGCAGUGAUUUGCCGCUGCAGCAACAGCAUGAGGCGAAGACUGGCGGUGCAGCAGCAGCAAGAAACCCUUCAUAUCCGCAGUCUUCUUCCCGCCGGAGCUGACCCGAAGCUGAUUACUCCUCCCCACCCCUCGCACCACAACCUCGCUAAACAAGCUCGCCGCCACUUUGCGCUGUUUGAACGCGGCGAGAAAGCAGCAGAGGCAGCAGCAGCAGAAGCACCAAAGGCAGCGCAAUCGACUCCAGCAGCAGCAGCAGCAGCAGCAACAACUGCAGCAGCAACAACUGCAGCAGCAACCCCACCGUCGGCAGCAGCAACACCUGCUGCUGCUGGUGGUGCUGCUGCUGGUGCUGCACCUGCAGCAGCAGGAGAAGCAGCGGCAGCAGCAGCUCCGGGAGCAGCAACAACACCGCAAAGCGGCGCAGCAUCAGCAGCAGCAGCAGCAGCAGCAACUCCUGCUGCAGCAGCAACACCUGCUGCUGCUGGUGGUGCUGCUGCUGGUGCUGCACCUGCAGCAGCAGGAGAAGCAGCAGCAGCAGCAGCUCCGGGAGCAGCAACAACACCGCCAAGCGGCGCAGCAUCAGCAGCAGCAACAACUCCUGCUGCUGCAGCAGCAGCAGCAGCAACAGCUCUGCUGCCGUGGCUGCACCUAGCUACUCACGCGCUGCAGCGGGGGAGGCAGCAGCAGCUGCUGCUGGGGUCGCAGCAGUUCAGCAGCAGCGGCGUUAUGCCUCCAAACCCUAGAAAGCCUCAGCUACCUGAGCAAUACAUACUGGCUCUCCAGGGCCGUGGCGGCGAAGACGCUGCUGCUGAAGGGAAGACUGCAGCAGCAGCAGCAGCAGCAGCAGCAGCAGCAGCAGGAGGAACCGCAGCAGCAGCAAACACGGCAGCGCCACAAGCAGCAGGAGCAGCAGCAGCAGCAACAGCAGCACCAACAGCAGCAGCAGCAGCACCUGCUGCUGCGGGUAUGCCUCAGGACACCUCGCCAUCUGACGCGAUGAGGGAGCAGCAGCAGCUGCUGCAGCAGCAGCAGCAGCAGCAGAUGCUGCAGCAGCAGCAGCAAAUGAUGCAGCAACAGCCAAUGUUGCAGCAGCAGCAGAUGCUACAACAGCAGCAGCUGCUGCAGCAGCAGCAACGCCCGACUGCUGACUUCGUGGCUGGGGGCGGAAUGGAGGAGCAAUACAUACUGGCCCUUCAGGGCCGUGGCGGCGAAGAGGCUUCUGCUGAAGGGAAGACUGCAGCAGCAGCAGCAGCAGCAGCAGCAGCAGCAGGAGGAACCGGGUUUAGGACUUCGUGGCUGGGGGCGGAAUGGAGGUAG